GAAUGGAAAAAGAUGAAGGAUGAGUACGAGCAACUUUGCAGAAAGAUUGAAAAUGCAACGCAACAGCCUUUUCCCUUUGGUCUAACUGGUGAGUUAGUUGUUUUUUCCAAUACAGAGCUCCGAAACCAUCCAGAAAUAGUCAAGGUCCUAUGGGAGAACAAGGAGGGUCUUCCAGAUGCGGUGCCACAUUUAAUUUACAUAUCCAGGGAGAAGCGGCCAGAACAUCAACAUCAUUACAAAGCAGGAGCUAUGAAUGUGCUUACUAGAGUCUCUGGGUCGAUGACAAACGCUCCAUUCAUGCUUAAUGUGGACUGCGACAUGUUUGUCAACAACGCACAGAUUUUCCGUCAGGCAAUGUGUCUCCUGCUGGGUUCCAAGAAUGAAAGAGACUGCGGAUUUGUUCAGUCUCCGCAAUUAUUUUAUGACAGACCCGAACAACUACUGAUUUUGCAUGAAUAUGUGGGCAAAGGAAUAGUGGGAAUUCAAGGAGCUUUUUAUCAAGGUACAGGAUGUUUUCAUAGACGAAAAGUUAUCUACGGUCUACGGCCGGAUGAGGUAGAAGUUCAAGGAAGAGAUGUUUACUCAGAUGAGAAUGAAUUACAAAGGGAUUUUGGAAUCUCAAGGGAAUUCAUGAAAUCAGCUGCUCAUGCUUUGAAAGGGAAGACAGAUUAUUAUCCUAGCAACCUAUCGGAAUCUCUUGAGGCAGCUCACCAGGUUGCAGGUUGUGGCUAUGAGUACGGCACUAGCUGGGGUACAAAGUUUGGGUGGAUGUAUGGAUCCACUACAGAAGAUAUCUUAACAGGGUUGACCAUCCACAAUAGAGGCUGGAGAACAGGGUAUUGCUCACCUGACCCUCCAGCCUUUCUAGGGUGUGCACCACCUGGUGGGCCGGCAACGAUGACCCAACAAAAGAGGUGGGCCACUGGACUGCUUGAGAUUCUAUUCAGCAAACACAACCCCAUUUUUGGUACCCUCAAAGGCAAGCUCCAAUUUAGGCAGUGCUUGGCGUAUUUGUGGAUCUUUCUUUGGGGAUUACGCUCAAUUCCUGAGCUGUGCUACGCUCUUCUACCAGCUUAUUGCCUCAUUACCAACUCCAAUUUCUUACCCAGUAUCCAGGAACCAGGCAUAUAUAUUUUUGUUGCCUCCUUUGUGAGCUACAACCUGUAUACUCUAUCAGAGAUCAUCCGAACUGGUUUCUCAAUUAAGGCAUGGUGGAUUACCCAAUGCAUGGCAAGAAUUAUCACAUUGAGUGCAUGGUUAUUUGGAGUAAUAAAUGUGGUACUGAAGCUCCUAGGAUUAUUAGAGACAGAAUUUGAAGUUACACGAAAAGGCCAAUCAACUUCUGAUGAUGGUGGGGACGAUGAUGAUGGUCAAUUUGUCUUUGAUGAGUCACCGGUUUUUGUACCAAUCACGGUGGUUGUAAUGGUGCACCUGACCGCAUUGGCUAUCAGCUUGUUUAGGUUACUACCACAAUCAAGCGGGCAAGGGUCAGGGCUUGGGGAGUUGUUCGGCAGUGUGUUUGUGUUGGUAUCCUUCUGGCCAUUUGUGCAAGGUCUGUUCAGGAAAGGAAAAUAUGGGAUUCCCUUAUUCACUAUAUUCAAAUCUGCUGCUUUGGCUUUACUUUUUAUACAUUUAUGUAAAGAGGUUCAGAAGAUUUGUGUUAUUGUUGACAUGAAAUAG